AGUGUUCAACGAAAUGAUUCGUCAGACGUCAUUGAUCACGUGCUGCUGAUAAAGUGACACUCCUUUGAAUUGUACCGCUUAGCGACUUCAGUACAUGCCUCAUAGCUCCAGUCUCAAACUUAACCCCGUUCUUGCUGAAGAAGAGGUCUGCUGGAUGGAGAAAGAAGCUCUGGUGAAAGAGGAGGAGGAGGAGGAGGAGGAGGAAGAGGAGGAAGAGGAGGAGACCGUUACAAUACAAAAACAAGUAGAGGGUGAGGCUGUUACCGUGAAAGAAGAAGAGAAAGACGUUUCUGUUAAAGAAGAGGAAGACGGAUUCCGAGUGAAAGAGGAUGACGAAGUUUCAGUGAAAGAAGAGGAGACUGACGAUGAACGGGCCCUGAUUAACACUAGAGAGAGACGUGACUCGUGGAUCCUCUGGGGGGCCUCAACAACCUCAUGAUGCUGAAGAGGCAGAGAAGAAUCUCUCCACGUCAAAACACCUCAAGAAACACCAGCAGAGACCCACAGGGAAGAAAUCUCACUGCUGCUCUGACUGUGGGAAAAGUUGCAAAUCUUCAUCAAAACUUAAAAUACACUAGAGAACACACACAGGAGAGAAACCAUAUAGCUGUGAACAAUGUGGGAAGAGUUUGACUACAUCAAGCCAUCUGAUUCGACACCAGCGUACACACACAGGAAAGAAGCCUUAUAGCUGUGAUCAAUGUGGGAAGAGUUUUCCUACAUCUAGCCAGCUGACUUCACAUCAGAGAACACACACUGGAGAGAAACCUAAUAGCUGUGAUCAAUGUGACAAGAGAUACUCUGAUAAAAGAUCCCUGAUCAAACAUCAGAAAAUACAUGCAUGAAGAAGUUGUUUAAUGAUAUCAAUGAAAUGAUGUCACAAUGUAGAAUGUUUUAACAUUGUAGUAGGAGUAUUUUAAUGAUGUUCUACCUUAUCGUUUGCCCUGUUCAAUUGAUUCAAUUGAUUAAUAUGGAUAUUAGCCUCAGGGGAAAAUCCAGGCUCUGAAUUGAAAGAGUAUUAUUUAACAAAAAGUGACUAACAAAAAAAGAGCUGUGUUACACUUACUGCGUUGGUGACCCACUUUAAUCAAAAUGUAUUACUUAAAUGUAGCUAGCUGUUUUUUACAAGUUGAAAAAGAUGCUUGUUUUAAAAAAUACAUGUAAUAUGAUAAUUGUUGCAGAUGUUUGUGUGUAUACACACAUGAAAGCAGUAUAAU